AACUUUUAUCAAGAGUAGUCUCGUUAUCUUUCAAUAUGGAUAAAUAAUUUUAACUCCUCUGAUAAUUUGUUAGAGUCUCAUAGUAAACAGAGGAAAGAAGUGUUAAGUGUUGUUUUUAUGGGUAAAAAUUAAAUAUUUGGGCAUGGCUAAGUUACUGCAGGUUUCCUGUUUUCUAAUAAUAUUUGGUUCCGCUUUGGCAACGGUAGAAACCAAUAAAAGAGGAGGACAUGGUCUAUUUCAUGGUUUCGAAGAUGGAAAAGUAAAAAGUUCCUGGUUAGAGGAAACAAAAGUGGAUGACGUUAAAAUAGGUAGAGGAAGUACGAACUCAUUACUGAGCAACACUAUUUCCAAUUCAAAAAAAAGUUCUUUAUACCUUCAACCUGAACCAAGAGGCCUCGAGUAUUUGUUGAAUGUUCCGGAUCAAAAUCCACUACUCCUAAAUUUUUAUAGAAAGAGAGAUGUGAGCAAGCAAAAUGCAUUCAUCAAAAUCAGAAAAAUGAGACAAACCAAUAUUCAACCUGGCUAUGUAAUACCUGGAUCUAGGGGACAAGCAGUUCUUUACGGCGUACCAAAUGGAAUUGGUUCGCAAUCUUUUGGUUAUGGUCAACAGCAAUCAAUGAACAACCUAGGUUUUCCCUCAGAAACUCAUCAGAAUGGUGGAUUCUCAGGAAGAGAAAACCAAAACUCACAUUUUGGCGGAUACAAAACUCAUGGAUACUGAUAUGACAUUGAUGGAGAUAAUCUUUUUUAUAAAAAAAUCAACAAAU